AUGAACACCUCCAACAUGAAAUUGGCCAGACAGCUUUCCCUUUUUAGUCAGAGGAGAUUUUUGGGAAAUACCGUUAGGGGGCCCCAACCAAAGGAGAUCGCCAAAAACGCAGAAUACGCAAUGGACCUCCUCCACAAAAAGUCGUACACCUACCAGGACUUCAAGCAGCAGUGUGAGUCGCUACGGAUAUUUGUCUACUUCGGAUUGGUGGGGGUGUUGUCGGUGGACCUUUUAAUAAACCCCUUGAAGUCUUCCUACUGGGAUCGCUUUUCCCCCCUGAACAUGUUCAUACGUUUUUUCCGCUUUUUCAAGAACGGCGAGGAUGACAUUUUCCGGCACAACGGGAGCGCCUCCUACGAGCAGUUCGUGCGGCUCCUUCGGUAG